GUAACAACAAUUGUUCACAGCUAAUGUUUGGAAAUGUACUAGAAAAAAACAGUAAAACAUGAGUUACAACAAGGUCUACAAAGUACUCAUAGUUUUGUACGUCAUUUCAUGAAGUGGAAGAUAAAAAAGUCUAUUUGGGUAACAAAGAACUCGUCAAUGAUGUUCUCCAAGAUGUUCCGGAAGACAAAAAAUCAAACUGAUAGAAAAGUAUCUACAAAACUCAUAACAGAAAAAAAAAGUACAGACCUUUGUUUUCCUCAAGACACCUGUGGACUUAAUGUUUGUCUAAAGGAUCAGACUGACCUAGCAGACUUCUCCAGUCUUGGGGAUGAAAAUCAAGAUACAGAUCCUCAUCAUUUCACCAGUGACCAGUCCAAAGUCCAGUCAGAUGAGAUUGAAGGUCCACUAAUUGGUGAUCAUGAAACUCAGGAGUCAGAAGGUGGAGAAGCUGAUCUACACAAACAUCGAGGUGACUGUAAGAAGAAUCCAGGUCAUAGCCAGUUUAUACCUGUUGAUACAUUCACCUUGAAACAUUUACCUAAACGUUAUCAAGACAAUGAUUUGUAUGAACUCAUCAAACUUACAGCUGACCACACAGUUAGAGUUAGUGUUACAAUGUCAAGUCCAGACAGACCAAAGUUUUGGCCAAAGACAACUCAACCAUAUCCAUUUUCUAACAUGAGUGAGAGAAGAAACUUGAGGACAGGAAGUGGAAGAGUGUGGCAUGUAAACAAGUUUCAAGAUGGAGUCACACAAGAUGGAGUCACACAACAUGAAGAUUAUACUGACUACACAAAGUGUGGGUGUAGAAAAUGUGAAUGUUCAAACUCACCCAGCAAUGUGUGGUGGGAGUUUCAAGUGUACACAGCCACACAUGUGGUUUUUGAUGCCAUUGAGGCCAACCACACAACCUUGAGAUUGUUUUAUGAUAGAGAGGACAGUCCAGUGGUCAGUGUUGAUAAGGUCAGUGUUAGAAAUGUAAUCAUUGAGUAUGACAUGUGUAGGUUGAACUGUGUGACAUGUGAUAAAAUAUUAGGAAAUAAACUGAUGGGAAUGUGGGAACAUUUUAAAAAUGUCUGGAUGAAAGUCUGGAACAAAUACUAUGCCUCUAGAUCUCCACACAAGUUGACCUUUAUAGUGUCACAUCCUCAUGGAUGUUCUAAACAGGUCAGUGUUGGUCAAUGGAAGGACAAACUAGAGGUGGGUGGUAGAUCUAAGUUUACUUAUACAACUUGUACAUGUCCAGGAAGUAGUGGAGCACAUGUCUACUGUCUGGGGUAUGAUGACUGGUCUUGGUCUGAACUUGUCCACAGUGGAAGUCUCAAGUCUGGAUUAAAUUACAGUGGAACUGGUCGUGUCUGGUGAGUUGUUUCCCUUGUGAGUUGUCCAGCUCCACCAUGAAGAUGUCUUUGAGAACCCUUGACAUUCUGAGCCUCAAACUCAAAUGUUUCUUUACUCUUGAGUUAUGUAAAUAAAUUGUGUAUGUUAUCUUUAAA